AACCAUUGUUGUCGAUAUUUAUUUGAAAGCCGGUGCUUUUAAUGUGGCCCCAUUUAAAUUUUAUCAAGAUCUGACUUGUGAUUUUUGAUUUAGCCAUUAUUAUUAAGCACAUUUAAUAAACUUUGUCUACAUUCAUAAUUUAAUUUUCUUGUGGGUGGUAUUUAUAGUAAUUUUUUAAUUAAAAAAAAUAGGUUGCAGUUUGUAAUAAACAGGUCAAUAUGUAAUCGACAACGACUAAUUGCUAAUAGUCACCAUUACAAACAACGCACGUUAAGAAAAGACAAGUCUGGCGAAAUUGAAGGCACGUCGGACUAUCGUAUUUGCUGACAGUAAUCUUGAAGACUUGGCGUACCCGCCCGAAUAUAUCGGACCUACAAGCCCCAGAGACCAACGGACUUGCCGAGAUCGGCUCUUGGUGAUCAUUUGUUGUUUUGUUACCUACGACACACCGAACACAGCCUUAGCUCAGUUGUGCAUAUAAAAUUCAUUAAAAAAAAAUCUUCAAGAAAUAGAAACCAUAAAUCAUUUUGUCUGAAAAUAAUCUUUCAACAAAAAGACAAUAGAGCGAAACAAUAGGCUCUUCGAGUAAUUCGUUAGUGCAGUGGAAGUUUUAUGUAAAAGAUGAGGUUACUGUGUACAUGCAUUAGUCUAUCAUUACUUUUAGUAUUUACAAAUGGUAGGGAUGAAGAUAAAAUUGUUAAAGCUUGCUAUUGGCCUAAUGAAGUAUUCGAGCCAUGCUUCGGUGGUUGUGCGGAAGUAUCGUGUGACAACCCCCGCAGCCACUUACGUCCUUGUUACCCGUACUGCGAGCCUGGCUGUGUGUGUGAAGAACCCUACAUAAGGGACGACCGGACCCAUCAGUGCGUUCUGCCACAAGACUGCUCUCCGACGCAAAUGGGUAUCCCAAUACCCACAAAAAGAGACAAAACAUUAUCACCAAAAUAUUCAGGAAGGUCAUAUCGAAGUCAUACUAAACGAGAAGGUCAAGAAAUUGUCGAGAACGAACUUCCACCGCCGAAUUACAAGUUAGAAGAUGCUAGAAGGAGUCCAGAAGUAUCCAGGAUGGGCAAUUAUUUUAAUAUUGUCAUAGCACCACCACCGAUCAAAGCACUCCAGCCAAGGAAAAUUCUACAAAGCGACGCAUAUAGACCAAACUCAAAAAGAAUGUAAUUCAAAUAAAGAGAUUUUGUAUCAUUA